AUGGAACCUUGGGUUCCCCUGCGGCCAUCUCAGCCUCGGGGGAGGCCCAUGGCACCUCCAAAGGACCCCGGCCGAGGGCUUCAAAGUGGACCUCAUCGGCCUGUUCCUCACCCUCGGCACAAUGGAGAGGGGUUCCACCGAUGGCAAGACAUCCGUGGGAGCCCACAGCCACUGCAGGACCCCCGGGCAGACCACCUGCAGCCCCCUCAUGCACCCAGGUCUGGGGUGGACUACUAUGACGGGGCCUAUCCCAGCCAGGGGUACUCCAGGCCAGGCUUCGAGGAUCCCUAUCACAGAUAUCACUCUCCAACUAUGAGGGAAGAAUAUGCCUAUGGGAGUUAUUACUACCGUGGCCACCCGCAGCAGCUUCAGGAAGAAAGAGUGCCAAGGCAAGGGACUCCUUAUAUCUGGCAUGAAGACUACGGAGAUCAGAAGUACCUCGGUGGGGAUCGCCAUCGGGAAAACCAGAACAGUUCAUUUGGGAUGAACAGUGAGACCCAGUUUCAAUCUAUCAGCCGGAGCCCUUAUAAAGACAGUCCUGCUUCCAGCUCCGGACAGGAGCGGCCUGGGGAGGUCUUUUCGGAGAGUCGGUUAACUGGUGUCUGCAAGAAUAAGCCAUCACUGACCAGCAAGUCCAACCUUGUCCAGCAGCACGAGUCUGGUCUCAGCUCCAGCAGCUAUGAGCUCAGUCAGUACAUGGCGGAUGCCCCUGAGCAGUAUGAUCCUAGGGCGUCAGCAGUUUGGAGUCCAGGUCAGGCAGGGGAUGUCUCAGCAGCAGGUCCCCACACACCCGUGAAGUUCUACGUCCCUCAUGUGUCUGUGAGUUUUGGUCCAGGAGGUCAGCUGGUGUGUGUGUGUCCCAGCUCUCCCCCUGAUGGGCAGACGGCCCUGGUGGAGCUACACAGCGUGGAGGUUAUUCUUAGUGAUUCUGAAGACCAAGAGGAAAUGAGAAGUUUCUCAGGACCCCUGAUCCGGGAAGAUGUUCACAAGGUCGAUAUCAUGACAUUUUGCCAGCAGAAAGCAGCUCAGAGGCUCAAGUCUGAGACCCCAGGAAGCAGAGACUCAGCUCUACUGUGGCAACUGUUAGUUCUCUUCUGUCGCCAGAAUGGGUCCAUGGUGGGGUCUGACAUAGCUGAGCUGCUGAUGCAAAACUGUAAGCUGGAGAAGUACAAGAAGCGGCCCCCGGUGGCCAACCUCAUCAACCUGACCGACGAGGCCUGGCCCGUGAACUCCGGGACCCGCAACCUGCUCACCGGGGAGGUCUCUCCCACGGUGGAGACACCUGCGCAGAUCAUGGAGAAAUUCACCAAGCUGCUGUACUAUGGGAGGAAGAAGGAGGCCUUGGAGUGGGCCAUGAAGAACCACUUGUGGGGUCAUGCUUUGUUCCUCUCCAGCAAGAUGGACCCACGGACCUACAACUGGGUCAUGAGUGGCUUCACCAACACACUGGCGCUCAACGACCCUCUGCAGACCCUCUUCCAGCUCAUGUCGGGGAGGAUUCCACAAGCAGCCACGUGUUGUGGGGACAAGCAGUGGGGGGACUGGAGGCCCCACUUGGCUGUGAUUCUGUCAAAUCAGGCUGGGGAUUCGGAGCUGCACCAACGUGCUAUUGUCACCAUGGGGGACACCUUGGCAGGGAAAGGGCUGGUGGAGGCCGCUCACUUCUGCUAUCUCGUGGCUCACGUGCCCUUUGGCCACUAUACUGUGAAGACGGACCAUCUGGCCUUGCUGGGCAGCAGCCACAGCCAAGAGUUUUUGAAAUUCGCAACAACCGAGGCUAUCCAGAGGACGGAAAUCUUCGAGUACUGCCAGAUGCUGGGCCGCCCCAAGUCCUUCAUCCCCUCUUUUCAGGUAUAUAAGCUCCUUUAUGCUUCCCGUCUGGCAGAUUAUGGCCUGGCCUCCCAGGCCCUGCAUUACUGCGAAGCCAUCGGCGCAGCUGUCCUGAGCCAGGGAGAGAGUAGUCACCCUGUGCUAUUAGUGGAGCUCAUCAAGCUGGCAGAGAAACUGAAGCUGUCAGAUCCUCUGGCUUUAGAAAGACGCCGUGGGGACAGGGACCAGGAGCCAGAUUGGCUACUUCAACUGCGGAGGAGGCACAGGGAGCUGGAGCAAAAGGCAGCAGGAGACGUUGGAGAUCCUCCUUCUGCUCGCUCAGAUAUUUCAGGAGCCAGAGGAAGAAUCACAGACACUUCCUGCCAGGAUCUUUUGGGACAUCAAGGCCACUCAGAAGUCCCUGGGUACCACUCAGCUCCGUGGCCAACACCUGAGCAGAUGGGCCUCCCUGAGCCCAGCCCACAGCAGCCCUUCCCCCUGCAGCAGGGCCCCUACCCAGUGGGAGGAGGUUCAGGGCACAUGGAGGCGCCGGUGCCUCUCUACUCGGUUCCUGAGACCCGUCUCCCAGAGCCCAGCAGUGACAGUGGCGGUGACAGUGUGGCAGUGACAGGGGCUCCUGGAGGAAGGGCCUGGGAGGAAGCACUGCAGAUACACCCUCCCUCUGGAGAGAGCGCAGCAUCCCAAGACACCUCUUGGCAACUCGAUGAUCCAAAGGACAUUUCCAAACCUCAGGUGAAAGAACAAAGCGCCCCACCGGCCCCCAGAGCGCACAGUUUCUCUGAGAGUUCCACCAACUUGGGCCAGGAAGACCAGGAAGAGUCCUCUGAGGAAGCGGAUCAGAAACCUUCCCCAAAUGCUGCAGAGAGAGAGAAGCCGGGAGACGUGAAGGAGAACGCGAAGAGCUCAGGAUUUGGCUGGUUCAGCUGGUUUAGGUCGAGGCCCACGAGCAACGUGUCACCCUCUGGAGAGGAGGACACCUCAGACAGCACGGACUCGGAGGAGCCCCCCAGAGCGUCCUCUCCCCACCAGGGACUCUCACCCGUGCCUCUUCUUGAGUCUCCACCUCUGCCUGGUGCUGGCGCCUCCUCCAGGGGCACAGGUGGGGGAGACCUUGGAAGAUCCUCGUCCAGUGGGGAAACAGCCGAGGGCACUGGAACUGGGGGGUUCUCGGAGCUUGAGGGUGUCUCUUCUGAGCUCUAUUCCAGACCUGGCCUUCUUCCUCCACCUGCCUUGAAGGGGGCUGUUCCGCUCUACAACCCAUCUCAGGUUCCCCAGCUCCCCAGGGCUCCCAGCCUGAGUCGGCCGAGCCGCCUAGCUCAGCGCCGCUACCCAACCCAGCCUUGCUGAGAAGGAACUUCGUCUCCAGCUCUUCUCUCAGGAGCACAGCUUUUCUAUUGCUCUGCCUUCCUCAGUCCCCAUCCGCUCUGCCAUGUCCAGGCCCUCAAGAUAGCCAUGCCAGCCUGUUGCCUCCACUGGCAUUUGGUGGCAAGGGAACAGGAUCCCCAAGGGACCGCUCACUCCAGGCUUAAGUCUAGCUUCAGCACGGUGGAAACUCAGAUGGAAAAUCUGGGUAUAAGAGGAGCCAGGAAGUGAGCAGAGUGUCAUGGCAGCUGCCCUUGAGAAGGAGGCUUGAGAACCUCAGGAAAAGUUAGGUCCCCAAGAAUCCUGUGGCUCACAUCGUUGGUGACCCCGCUUGGUGCUGCAGCAGGGCCUCAGAGCAACAUUCCAAGAGCACAUUGACCCCCCCCUCCCCAGGCUUAGUUAUAGAGAGUGCAUCGUUCCAGUUUGCAAAGUUUUUACACUGCAACUCGAUCACUGCUGCCCUUCAAGGAUUCCCUCUUCAAUGACAUUUCAGCAAUUUUCCUCCUGGCCCUAGUUUUCUGCAUAUUUUCUCUGUGGUUCAGAUUAAUUAUAUUUCCUCUCACUUUCUUAGCUGGUCCUAUUUUUUCACAUUCUGGCAUCUGGCUAUCAAGUUAGAUUGCUGUAGGCAUCAUAUUGUCAUGGUAACUACUGAACCUAAUGAUGCAGAUGGAUGGAACAUCAGUAUAAUAAAUGAUGGAAAACGUU